AUGUUUUACGGGCGAAGUAAUCAUAGCAACUGGGUAAUGCCUGACGAUAGGCGUCUGUUGCUGAAAGCACAGAUGCGCAUGGGAUGGAGCACAAGAACAUAUGAAGAAGAGGAGGAACGGAGGGCUUUACUGGAGAAUAGGCCAAGAGUAUCAAAAAAAAUUUUACCAAGCGAACAUACAACAAUCUGUGAUCUGAUUAGUAAAGUUGAUAGUGCAAAUGAACGUGAAAAAAGGCGUGUUGGACGCCUUAAAGCUCGAUUGGAAAAAAUAGAAGCGUCGGCACAGGGUAAUGGUACUACUCACUGUUAUAUUUGUUCCGCAAAAUUUGCUUAUUUUCCGGUUUUUAAAAGUUAUCCUGCUGUAUGUCAGAAAUGUAAUAAGAAAAUUUGCUCUCGAGACUGUGGUGUUACGGUACCUGGCGAAGGUAAUGAACCACGUCGCUACAUAUGUAAAGUUUGUAACGAACGCGAAGAGUUCUGGAAAAAGUCUAACGCCUGGUUUUUUAACGCGGUACCUGAAUAUAUUCAACCUACUGAACGUGAAAUAAGCGAUAUGUUUACAUCAAGCGACGGUUGGAUUCAUGCGAAACCAAAGCUUGGUUAUGCAGAAGAAUCAUCCUUUAGGAGUAGUCUCGUCUCACCAGCCGGUAGAAGAGAUGCAAGAAUCCCUCCACGGUGGAUUAAUGAAAAGGUUAACACGUCGAUGAGCGAAAGUGGCGUCAGUGGAGAUGGAACUCCUCCAUCCGAGGACAUCCAAAUUACUGAAAGUCUGGAGUCGGCUCAUAUCUUUGACUCAACAGCUAGUGAAGUUUUAAGGAAAGACGCCAUUGCACCCAAACAGCCAGACGUUUUCCCCGAAAAAGAUGAUACUCUAAUAUCGGAAGCAAAAUCUAUCGAUUCUGGAGGUAACCGUUUUCAAGUUGCCCAAAGUGAUGUACUGGUUAACGUUCAGCCGGAGACUAGUAUGAUGGCAACGGUAUCGCAAGAAGCUGAAGAUGCAGCAAUUGCAGAUGUAAAUAUUAGUCUAGAAAAAACCGACCUAGAUAUUCCUUAUACUGGUGUAACAGAUGAAGACAGCUGUAAAUACUACCUAUCAGAGCCUUGUACAAGUGGCGUUAGAGUAGUUUCACCACCUGAAAAGACUGUGCUUCCAUCUAAAUGCGCAACUGUAACUGACCUUUCACCACGGCAUUUAAAUACAAAUUCUGAGGCAGUUAUUAAACUUCCAGUUAAAAAUGUUGACGCAUCACUUGUGCAGUUUAGCACGAUGAAGGAAGACGAAAAAAGUCAGUUAAUUUGA